CUUUCUCUGUCCCUUAAGUCCUCAUCUCCUUUCAGCUUAGCUCCUGAAUAAAGCUCUUUUGCCACCACUACCAGUUAGCGCCUCUCUUUCUAGGUGGUGCUAGUUCCCUUAAUCAAACAGAAAUGCAUCCUUAUUCUUUGCUCUUCACUACCACAAUAUUUAUCUUGAUCUAUAUACCGGGGUCUUUCUGUCAAGAUGACGAGCAAUACAGGAAUUGUGGUGAGCUGUUUCGCUGCGGCAGCAUGGAUAUAGGUUACCCUUUUUGGGGAGGGGGACAACCAGAGUAUUGUGGUCAUCCAAGUUUUGAGAUCAAGUGCGAAAGUAACAUACCCAAAAUUGCAAUUGAAUCUACAAGAUACGAAGUGAUAGAUAUCAACGCUCCUAAUCGAAUUGUAACCCUGGCUCGGGAUGAUUUACGGAGUAGUAUUUGUUUGGAUAAUCCUAAGAAUGCCUCCUUUGAUUUAAACACUUUCAGCUAUGUUUCUAGUGACCUGAAUAUUACUCUGUAUUUCGGCUGCACCGUCCGCCCUGGUUUGCAAUUACCACCUUCGCCUCCAAAUAGGUUCAAUUGCGAUAGCAACAUGUUUGGUAUAUACACGCUGAUCAACGUUCCCUUCGACCUUAGUCUGGUAACAUGCCAGGAAAAAAUAAUAGCUAGGGUCAAUCAAACGAGUGCUGUGGCAUUAGCCAGUCCUACAGCAUCCGUGGAAGUUCUAAGAAGAGCCAUUGCUGGCGGUUUUUCAGUUAAUUGGACGGCAGGUAUUGAUUCUAAGUGCCAACAAUGCCGCACGUCAGGUGGAAGAUGUGGAUCCAAUCCAGAUUCUGGAGACUUUGCUUGCCAUUGUCUAAAUGGUACUCAUUCAAACGACUGCAACGACGGACAAAACCAAGCCGGCGAUAAUCGAAAGAAAAAUCAGACGCCACUUGCAGUAGGCAUUAGCGUAGGAGGUGCUGUACUUGCUGGCAUUGGUGUUGGGUGGCUAGUCUUCUUCUGCAGACAAAAGAGAAAGCGGAUUGCAUCACAGACUUCAGCUUCCCAAACCGAAAGGAAGGAUCUUCCAAUUUUAAGUUCAAGCAAUGGGCUGAGUUCCUCUUCUACUCCUUCUUCAACCACUUUCACCAGAAGCAUUCCCUCUUAUCCCUCUUCCAAAUCUGAAGCUGAUUACGGGAGGGGAAGCUCCUACUUUGGGGCACAUGUCUUCAGUUUUGCUGAACUUGAAGAAGCCACAAAUAAUUUUGAUCCAUCUAAAGAACUUGGGGAUGGUGGUUUUGGUGUCGUGUACUAUGGCAAGCUCCAUGAUGGUCGCGUGGUUGCAGUCAAGCGCUUGUAUGAGAACAAUUUCAAGCGUGUGGAGCAGUUCAUGAAUGAAGUAGAGAUUUUAACUCAGCUCCGCCACAAGAACCUAGUGAUGUUGUAUGGGUGUACAUCUAAACGAAGCCGAGAUUUACUGCUUGUUUAUGAGUAUAUACCAAAUGGGACAGUGGCAGAUCAUCUGCAUGGUAAACGGGCCAAAUCUGGCUUACUCUCUUGGCCUGUCCGAAUGAACAUAGCCAUUGAGACUGCUGAAGCUCUGGCUUAUCUCCACUCCUCAGAUAUAAUACACCGUGACGUCAAAACCAACAACAUUCUGUUAGACAAUGAUUUCCAUGUGAAAGUUGCUGAUUUUGGGCUAUCAAGACUGUUCCCAAAUAAUGUCACACAUGUCUCUACUGCUCCACAGGGUACACCAGGCUACGUUGAUCCUGAAUACUACCAAUGUUACCAGCUCACUGAAAAGAGUGAUGUCUAUAGUUUUGGGGUGGUCUUGGUAGAGCUGAUCUCAUCAUUAGAAGCUGUGGAUACCAACAGGCACCGCCAUGAUAUUAAUUUGUCUAAUAUGGCUGUCAACAAGAUCCAAGGCCAUUCAAUUCAUGAAUUAGUUGAUCCAAGUCUUGGAUACUCAACAAACAGUUCCGUGAGGAGGAUGACUACAUUAGUCGCUGAGUUAGCUUUCCGAUGUCUGCAACAAGAGAGAGAUCUGAGACCUUCAAUGCAAGAAGUGCUGGAGACAUUGAGAGGCAUCCAGAAUGGAGAGUCGAAAGCACACAAUGCUGAGGUACUGGAUAUUGUGGUAGAUGAUGUUGGGCUCCUAAAGGACUCCUUUUCUUCUCCGGAUUCAGUUGCCACUGACAAAUGAGUUGACAGCUCCACACCACAUUCUAGUGGAUGAAAUAUGUUUUUCAGGUCGGUUGAAUUCAAUGCUAGAUGGAGAAGCAACUACUAUUUUGGCACUUGUGAUCAGUGUCAUGUUUGGGCUAGUAUCUCGCGUCUUCCAUAGAUAAUUAAUUUCUUAUUUUUGCUUACAUAUAGUUAUCUUGUUAUCGUCAAUAUUUUCUGUGGGAGAUUAUCUAAAACUGCUUUUCGCGUAAGGCAAUGUAUAUAAAUAGUGAAUAGGGCUGCCAACAUUCUAGUAUACAUAU